CUCAGACCGCGGAGCAGCACGACACACGGAGGUUCACUGUAGUUUACGUUAGUUACUCUUUCGUAGGUCGUUCUACGAUUUUUAGUCUGAAAUGAUAUUGUAGUUUAAUUUCUUUGUCUCAUCUCGGUCUAUGUUUAUGGAUUGUCAGAAGUUGAUGCAUUGUUGAACGGACUUUCAGGUAAUAUCGGAAAUAUGCCGUUACAUGGAAAAGUAGUCGUGAUUAAGAGGAGUGGAGGAGAUGGGACUGAGUUUCCUCUUACUGCAACAUGUUUAUUUGGAAGGAAGCCCGACUGCGACAUACGUAUUCAGCUUCCUCAAGUCUCCAAGGAGCAUUGCAGAAUUGACUUAAAUGAAAAUAAAGAGAUCAUUUUGACCAAUUUGAGCACAACCUGUCCAACACGUGUUAAUGGAGAGCCUUUGAAUCAGUCUGAGCGCUUGAAACAUGGAGAUAUGAUAACAAUUGUUGACCGUUCUUUCAGGUUUGAAUAUCCACCAGCACCUACACCGAAGAAGAGGUCCUCGACUGCAGGAAAGACUGAAACUCUCAAAGUUCUUCAUGAUCAGCAAGUCUGUGACACUGGUGUCACUGAGAAUGGAGAAAAGAAGAUAUCUGAAGUAUCCACAGACCCUCCUCUUAAAGAUGGAGCUAACCAAGACAACAUCCAGCGCUCCCUUGAGAAAACUGUGGCGGUGGAGUCCCAGGAAGAUGGCAGUCAGUUGCAAAGCAAGACCAACUCUCCCUUCAGCGAUCUGUAUCAAAUGAUCAAAAUGUCUCUGGAUGUCAAGACCCCUCGCAAAUCUUCUGUCAGUCAGGUUCAGACACCUUCUUCGAAGUUCUGUACUCCAAAACCCGGCUCAGUCAGGAAGAACAGCCGAAAAUCGCUCACUGUCACGCCCAAGAAAGAUGAAGCAAAAGUCAUUACUGAUGCAGAGGGUAAAAGCAGUGAAUGUCCACAGUCAGUUAAGAAGGAAGAGGAGCUCUUUAAGGUUCCUUCUGCUGACAUGGUUGGACCGGGAGUGGAAGAAGCUGCAAGUGCUACCAAGACUCAAGUAACUUCACAGACGGAGGGAAACGAUACGACUUCCCAGAAGUUGACGGUGUGUGAGACUAUUGAGGAAAUUUCUGCUCAAUCACCCAAGUCACCCAUGAGAAGAAGGAGCAAGGCAGGCACUCCAGCCAAACCUGCAGUCAGUCAUGGACAAGAAGACCAAGCCACGAUGUCUCCCAAAACAGAAUCCCCUAGAAGAGCAUCACCAAGAAACUCAGGCAAAGCUGAAAAAGUGAAAGAAGUGUCCAAAAAACGCAAGAGUGGAGAGCCUGGUGAAACCUCACUGACACCACAGGGGAAGAGGAAACGCGUUUCAUUCGGAGGUUACUUGAGCCCUGAAUUAUUUGACAAAAAGCUUCCUCCUAACUCUCCACUGCAGAAGGGGGCCACUCCGAGGAGAAGCUUGACUCUCUACAAACCUAAACAGUCACUACUUAGACGUGCAUCUGUCAUUGGCUUGCUUAAGGCAAGGAAAUCUGCAAAAAUAAGGACUCCAUCACCUAAGAAAUCACAAAGUCUUAAGAGCACAACCCCUGAAACUCAACCAGGAAAGAAGGUGCCGAAAUCCAGGUCCCCUUCACCCAAGGCAGCAUCUCCUGCACAGAAGACCCCCAAAUCCAGGUCUCCUUCCCCCAAGGCAGCAUCUCCUGCACAGAAGACCCCCAAAUCCAGGUCUCCUUCCCCCAAGGCAGCAUCUCCUGCACAGAAGACCCCCAAAUCCAGGUCUCCUUCCCCCAAGGCAGCAUCUCCCACACAGAAGACCCCCAAAUCCAGGUCUCCUUCACCCAAGGCAGCAUCUCCUGCACAGAAGACCCCCAAAUCCAAGUCUCCUUCCCCCAAGGCAGCAUCUCCUGCACAGAAGACCCCCAAAUCCAGGUCUCCUUCACCCAAAGCAGCAUCUCCCACACAGAAGACCCCCAAAUCCAGGUCUCCUUCCCCCAAGGCAGCAUCUCCUGCACAGAAGACCCCCAAAUCCAGGUCUCCUUCACCCAAGGCAGCAUCUCCUGCACAGAAGACCCCCAAAUCCAGGUCUCCUUCCCCCAAGGCAGCAUCUCCUGCACAGAAGACCCCCAAAUCCAGGUCCGCUUCACCUAAAGCAGCAUCUCCUGCAAAAAGAAGCUCUCCAUCUACAAAUGUAGUGGAAACUCCCAAGGCUAAUGAAAAGCCUAAUACUCGUUGCAAGAGUACAACCCCAGGUCGGGUAUCUGGCAAAGUAACUCCCAGUCACAGAAGGAAGUCUUCCCUGGACCUGCCAACUGAUGCUUCUUUCACCUUCUCUGAUUCUGGUGACCAAACCCCAUCCGUCCAAGGACGCUUCUCUGUGUCCCGCAUCGACACUCCUUCUCCAACUGCAGAAGCUGAUACCGUCACCAACCAGGAGCCUUUAUUCACGCUCACCCCAAAAGUAAAUUUGAAGAGGAAGAGCAUGAAAACCAGUUUGGAGAAGACCCCAGGAGCUGCUAAAAGUGCAUCGAAAAUCCUGCAGAGGAAGAGUGGCAUGUCACGGGCAUCCAUCAAAUGUUCCUGGGCAGACAGGGUCAAAUUUGGACAAAUUAAAGCUCAAGUUGUUGUUCCAGCUAAGAAAACGGUCAACCAAAAGACAACAAAGAAGACUGUGCCAAAACCACAGACUCCUGCCAGGAGACCCAAAAACCUGAUGAGCACUGGACAUGCACAAUCCCCAGCUACUAUCGUGGUGGGCAGAGCUCAUAGCAGACCGGUUGCACAUCCAACUGGAGCUGCACCAAGGCUGGUCACCAACACUGCAAUCUUCAAAAAGGACAUGAAAAUGGAUGAGGACUUUACUGGUUUUCCUGAAAUGUUUAAAACUCCUGCAAAUGAGAGGAAGAGGAGAUCUUUAAUCAACAAGUGCAGUACCACCAAUACACCAGCAGGAGGCACAUCUGUAAUGGAAACUGUUUUGAACACACCAGAGGAGCCAGGUGAGAUGAUAGUGUCUCCACUGACUGCAGCUUCUACAGUGAAGAGCAGACAGUACAACAGUGAAGCAGUCCAACGUCUUCUUAAUGAUGAUGAAUCUAGCUUUGUCAGCGACAGCCCAGCCUUGGACGUUCCUUCUGAAUCUAGUCAACAGCUUUGCACAGAUUUGAAAACCCCCAAGCAGAAGACAGAAUUGCCAGAAUGUCUUACAGGAGUGAAGAGAAUCCUGAAGACCCCUAGACAGAAGGCUGAGCCCAUAGAGGACAUCAGAGGGAAACUUCUGGUCACUCCUAAACAGAAACCUGAACAACAAGAGUGCCUAACUGGAGUCAAGAGAAUUUUUAAGACCCCUAAACAGAAGGCUGAACCCCUUGAAGACCUCAGAGGAAAACUGUUGAAGACUCCAAAAGUCAAAGAUGUUGGGGAUGUGGAUUUGGAAGGUGUUAAGGAACUUCUGAAGACACCGAAACCCGUGCAAAAAUCUAAUGACAAGUCUGUAACACCAGACAAGAAAACUCAACCCAUCAAGAGCGCCCCAGUGGCAAGUCCGGCUGGUAUAAAGAGGACGAUGAAGAAUUCUCCGGUUGAAGAUAAGGUUGAUCUGAAGAGGCUCGUGAGAACACCCAAAGAAAAGGGGAAGCCUGUUGAGGAGAACUAUGGAAUCAGGAGACUCAUGAAAUCACCAAAGGUCAGGGGUGAUGCUUCAGUGGAAGACUUCGAAGGACUUAAAGAUCUCAUGGAGGAGCCAACAGGAAAGAUGGAGGAUGAAGCACAGAUGUCUGUGGAUUGUGAUGUUCCUGAAGCAAAAGCACCAGAUGCCAAUGGGGUUGUUGCUGAUGAACACUCAGAGGUGGCGAGUGGAUGCGGUAAUAAUGAAACUUCAGGAACCAUGGAAACUCACUCCAAGGAGGAUGCAGUUGACGGUGAACCAGAGAAGAAGAAAUCUGUUCGAGGCAGAAGGGGCAAAAUAGUGGAAUCCGAAGUACCUGAUGACAAAAAGGAAGCAUCAGAAGCAUCUGAACAUCUCGCUGCCGCUCUCCCAGUCAGAGGAAGAAGAGGGAAGAAAACAGAGGUGAUGGCACCAUCCGUUGUGAGACCCACAAGAGGCAGAAAUGCAAAGGCCACUGAGAUUGGAGAUGUCGAGCCCACAGUGGAAGAAAGUGUUCCUGAGCCUCCUAAGGUUGCUGUCAUACCAAAAAGAGGAAGAAACGCCAAAAAAGUCCCGGCGAGUCGAGCUGAAAUCGAGCAGGAGGUCGGAACUGAAGUUGAAAUGGCUCCAGAACCUGAGUGUGAACAGAACGCCCCACCAGUUGUUGAACACAACGCCGAUGAGAGUGCAGUGCCUGUGGAGAAAGCUGUGCAGAAGCCCAAGCGAGGGAGAAGAGCUAAACAACCUGAACAAUCAGUACCACAGCAAGAAGCACCAGCCCCACCAACAGAGGAUGCUGACAUCAGAAAAGCAGAUGAAAAAGAAGCCACCAGUAACCAGCCCGAGGCGUUGUCAGGUGAAACUAAAUCUUCAGAAGCUAUUGGAACUGUGCUCCAGACACCUGAAAGUGAGAAUGUGGCUGAUGUGGAGACAUCAGCUGGCAGAGUCACAGAAAUUAAUUCAGCUGUAGUUCCGAAGAAAUCUGUAAGAGGCAGAAGAGCAAAACCGGUUGAAACUAAAGAAGCUGAUGAUAAACAGGAAACUGCAGAGGAGUUGGCUGAGCCUGUCAUUCCUGCUCCUGCAAGAGGAAGAAGGGGGAAGAAAAUGGAAGAUGCAGCGCCACCUGCUGUUAAACAAACAAGAACCAGAAUUGCAAAAUCUCAUGAAACCACAACUGAUCAACCAGCAGUCGAAACACAAGUGAUAACUGAGAUUUCCAGCGAGGUGGUGGAGCCCCAAGCUCCUCUGAUAAAUGCCAGUCAGGAGAAAAAUGAUUCUGCAGUCCCAACAAAGUCACUCAGAGGCAGAAACACCAAAAGCAAGGUCACAUCAGUUGAGCCGGCUCAGCCUCACCCAGAGGAAAGUGAAUUGAUGAGCAGUGAAGGUCAUGUGGUAAAUCCUCAACCUGAAGCUCAGCAGCCCAUUCCUCCUGCGGCUGGAAGAGCCAAGAGGGGAAGAAAGACAACACCUGAUGCUGUUGAACAAAAUGAUGUAAAUAGCACAACUCCAUCUGUGCAGGCCAAGCAGGAGUCCCGACCUGCAGUCAGAACUAAGAGGGGAAGAAAUGCCAUACUGGAAGCAGAAGAAAAGGUGAAUGAUGUCAAGACUACAUCCCAAGACACUGGCCACCAGGAGCCUGUUAAGAAAUUAAGGAGAACAAGAAAAACCGAGGAAGAUCAGACAGAAUCAAAAGAUGAAGUUCAAACCAUGGUGGUGAUUGCUCCAGAAGAGACAGAAACUCCAGCCACCGAACUGCCGAUGGUGACAGAACAGGCUAGUGUGGCUUCAAAGCCCAAGAGAGGAGGGCGGAAAGUGAAACCAGUCACAGACACUGUGGAUGCUGCCAACCCCGAAGAAGUCCCUGUUAAUUCUACAGACAAACCAAAACGAGGUAGGAGAGGAAGACAAGUCACUGACGAAGCUGCCACUGCUGAAAACCUUGAACAUAAAGUCGAACUUGAAGAGCAGAAAAAUGCCGAGCCAUCUGUUGAAAUAGCUAAACCUGGCAGGGCCAGGGCCACGAAGACCUCAGUGAAAAAUGAAGUUUCACAAUCCAUUCCAGCUAAGAGAGCACGUCGCGGAGCAGCUCAAGAGACCACAACAAUGGAGAUGGAGUCUGUUCCAGCAGCAAAUGAGGUCACAGUGUCCAGUGACCAGACAAAUCUGCCUGAAGAUUCAAGUAAGACCGUAACUGAAGAAACAAAGAAGUCCAAAAGAUGUGUCAAGUGGAAAUCAGAUCUGGAAGUCUUUGAUAUUCCAAAAGAAACGCCUAUGAAGGCUGUCCGAGGUAGGAAAGCGAAACCUGCAGACCAGGUUAAUAUUAAAAGCAAAACUCUGUCAAAGGAUGCCAACAAAACUGAAGAGGAGGAUCUCUCAGAUAACGUUGCCAAAGCUCAGCCCGUCAAGAGAGGCAGGCGAGGAGCCAAGGAUGCUGCUGGUGUGACUGCAGAAGCUGGAGCUCAGGGGGACCAGAAACUUGUUGAAGAUGAAAUCCAGCCAAAAACCAGACGAGGUAGAUCAGUGAAGAAAUAGAUUAUUUGUAUAUUUUGUUAAUCUUAAUUACUGUUACUCCUUAUGUUUGUAAUGAUUCAGUAUGUAGGGCAUUUUAGUGAGUAGUUUUGACUGAAAAUGAAGCACUGCUUUUUAAAUGAGUUCAGCAGGGAUUCUUGAUUCCAGGGUUUUCUUUUUUUUUUAAACACAUUGUAUGCUGUUUUUACUGGUUCUGCAAAUGUUUUAUUGUGGGAAAGAAAAUUUAUUAAAUUUUUUUUACAACAAUUGA